AUCGAUAUGUAUCAGCUGUUGUCACGACUGCUCGCAACCGGUUGUUUAUUUUAUAGAUUUUUAAAUAAAAGUCCUGCAGGAUAAUGUCGCGGCGGGGUCUACUACUCAUGGGCCAGUGCAUGCCCUGCAUCAAGCAGAAUGCCUCCAAGAUCCGCAUUCGGCGCAUGGAACUGGACAAGAAUCUGAAUAUGUACUUCAAAAAGGACGAGUUCUACUUUGCCCACGAUCCGCAGAAGGUAUGCAAAACCGGGGAUGUGGUCCUGAUCAGGGAGUUGCCCGAGCGGCUCACCCGCCUCAUCACGCACAACGUGGAAAAGGUCGUCUACCCGUUGGGUGACAUAACCGAUCCACUUACUGGAAAGAAAGUGGUCGUGGGCAAGUACCGCGAGGAUAUCGAGAUGACCAACCAGCUGUUCGGCAAGGCGGAGAAGGCCUUCGACUACGAGAAGGCUCCGCCACGAGGUCGCCUCGAGGGAACCAAGGACUUCACGCACGGAGAGACCUACAUCAAGUACCACGAGGAUGGCAAGGACCAGCCGUUCGCCGUGUAAAAGAUCGCAGGUCGUUUAUCUGUUAAGUUUCCCAUAUGUUUGAUAGUAAAGUGCAUUCACUUGUCUUAGAUACAUUGUUGCUAUUUCUAUUUAUGACCCCAGGUAUAGCUGCUCUGUCACCUUAAGGAGGGAUUUCUUUUUUAUUUUGUUUCUGAACUAAUAUAAGAUCGAAUUCCCUUUUUAUAUGGCCAAGUAAACUGAAAUUUAAUUUAACGAUUUCUUUUAGUUUGUACAGUGUGUCUAAAGCGAUACGAUAGAAUCAAAUAAAAAGAGGUUUGGUAAUUAAA